UAUCGAGUCUAUCUUAUAUGUUGAUAGUCACAGUACGCUUAUUUCGUAUAAUAUAUGAGGAUGGAGAUUGGGGACGCGAUUUUGUAAACAAACCUUGAGCAAAAUUGUCUGGCGAUUCUCACGCACACAGCACACGCCCGCUGAAUGGAUCAUCGAUCAAACGCAAAUAUCGCAGUCAAAAAUAUUAAUUGUGAAAAUCUUUUAAAUGUUUCAAUAAAUUGAUUAUUAAUGUUUAAUGAUUAGUAAUAUGUCACAAACAAGUAACACAUCUGAUCAAAAUAAAAGUGAUAAACGCCGUAAACGUGCUACUAUAGCUACUGUAUACGCAAGCACACCAAUCAAACAAAAUGCAGUCUCAAAGCAAUUUCACUUAUCCUUAUCUACCAUCAGCUCAUCUCCUUCUUCAAGUGAAGCUCAACAUAUGAGAGCUUUCUUCAAUAAAGAUCGUCUGAAACAGAUAAACAAAACACUCUCGAAGGAAAAGAAAGGAAUACAUACGAAACGGAUAACGAAAGAUUCUGAUAGCGAAUGGAGAACCAAACAGAAAGAGUUAACCAACAAAUCUUUAAAUGAGAAAAGAAAAAGAAAGUUGAAGAACAAAAGAAAAACCGUCAAAUGGAAGCAAGUGGCUCAAGUAGAAGAUACGGAUAAUGAAUGGGAAACCAGAUCUGAAAAAUCCAUUAAUGAACUCUCAACAGGUUCACGAGGACCCAUUCUGACUGACAAUGAGUGCAUAAAUCUAUUCGAUAAUCCAUGUACACCGGAGAAAACUCGAGAUGUGCCGAAUAUGUAUAAUACAAAUCUGCACGAAUCACCGAUUAUAGAAUUCUCUAGAAGAAGAUUAAAUCUAACUUCAAAAAGGAAUGAUAUAAUGCAAGAUAAAUUACUUCCGGUGAAUUUACUACCGAUAGAAGUACCAGAAAAUUCGAAUGAAGAUGAAAUAAUAAUCCAUAAUGAAGAUAAUGCGGAAAUACAUAUUUCAUCACGGACGUCAGAAGAGAGCCAGGAACAACUUGAAGAUUCUUUUAUGCAGUCUCCGACGUAUAGGCAGUGCAGGGAUCAAUAUACUAAAACAUAUCUCGGGAAAAGAUCUCGACUCGAAUUAACAACAUCUUUUGAGCAGAUAAAACUUCCUGAAGUUCCUAGGAAGCAGAAAAGUCCGAUUCCUCCAGGAAUGAGAUGCAUUACUGAAUAUUGGGACAAAGCUUUACAAAAAUGGGUACGAAAACGCUAUGAAAAUAGUUCUACUGAUUCCGAAUACUGGGACAAUGAUUUACAAAAAUGGGUACCAAGACGGCAUAAAGACAGUUCUCCUGAAAAAGAUUUCGAAAAUGAUAAACGCAAAAGAAAGACUAGGAAAAGAAACACGGAAAAGCAGAAGUGGAAACUGUCUCGAUUCACAUUGAAACAAAGAUACAAUGUACAUGAUACAUCCAAAGACAGAUUUUUUCAGGAAGAUCUCAAAAAUGGCAAACACAACACGAAAAUAAGUGCAAGAAACGCGAAAAGACAGAAAAGAAAACCAAUGUUUCAAUCCGCACAGAAACAAAGAUAUAAUGUAUACGAUGCAGCUAGUGAAACAGAUGUCGAGUUUGAAACAUAGGUUUGAAAUUGGUGGUUCAGAUGGUAAACGAAUAUCUUUGCGUAAAUUUUGUAAGAAACAAAAGAAGGUUUAACUUAUUGCCCUUUCUUUUUCAUAGAAAAACUAAACAUUUGUUUUGCAGUUGUUUAUAUAUUUAUGUAUAUAUAUACACAUGUAUAUACAUAUUUUUCAAAUUUAUAUUUUUCAAUUAUGACGUUUGCAAUUGUUUAUAAUUAUAUCAAUAUCUUUCGAUUGUUAAAGAUGCGUUGAAUAAAUUUAAUAAAGCAUUCUA